UUCAUUAAUCAUUUAUGUUCAGUGCUUUGUUGGGUGUGCCUUUCUCCAUUUUUGCGCAUAUGUGCUUUGACUGUUCUACUUCUAGGCGAGACUUUUAAUUUUGGAAAAGACGUGAGUGACGGUUUCCAUGUUUUUUCGAAGUAACUGCAUCAUACAUGUCAGGCAACUGUCAUCUCCUAGGCUGCCACGCGUCUAUUGGCUCUCAUGUCUCCCUAAUUUUUCAGUUUUUCCUUUAUUAUCCAUUUUUCUUUCAUUUUAUUUUCAGCAUUUUCUCUCGUACCUUUUCUUUUUUCUGCCUUAUGGCUUUACUGCUUGUAUUUGUUCCAAUCUUCAUCCUAUUCCGACGAUGGCUUCCAACAGCAGUUUCCAGAACUCUGCUUAUCUUCCUUCUUCGCUGAUUAUGCAAAUGGAAGUACUGGCAAUGUCACAAGCAACCAGACUGAGACUCUUCUUGAAGCGGUCACUUCUCUCGAAAUUGUCUUUCACAUCUACUGCUACUAGUAAAGCAACUCCCGGCCCUCUCUGUCCGCCAUGGCUGCUCCGCCUUGUCCGUUCCAGUCCCUCACGGCUACCGCCACAACAACCUCCAGUACUCAAUGCACUUGCGUAUUUGCAACAUCAAAAUCAACUUAGAUCAUUCUGCAGUAAACCCACCAGCGAGAAGGAGACUACAAAGACAAUCACCAACACCAAAGUAAACUUUUCUCUAUCCGAUUCCGAUUCUGACUCCGACCUGGAUUCUGAAGAUAGUAAAAACAAAGAAAUAGACAAGACGAAACUCCCUCCCCCUUACGAUCCAUUCAACAAGAAACCCGUCAUCGAGGAGCCUGAUGAUCCUAAUAAUCUUCAACUCAUCUUCCACAAGAUGCGUUCUGAAGGUCUCCUCAAUAGUGCAGUCAAGAUGUUCGACGCAUUGUCUAAAGACGGACUAACCCACGAGGCAUUAGAACUCUUCUCUCAGAUUAAAAAUAAAGGUCACAUGCCUGACGUGGUUGCAUAUACCGCUGUAAUUGAGGCUUACGCGAAUGCCGGUGGCCAGUCUAAGGAGGCUCUCAAGGCUUUUAUGCGCAUGCUGGCGGCCGGGGUUGCUCCUAAUGCUUAUACUUACACUGUCCUUAUUAAGGGACUUGCUGGUGAUGGAAAAUUGGCUGAUGCUAAUAAGUAUGUUCUGGAAAUGAUGGGAAAGGGUAUGCGUCCAAAUGCGGGUACUUACUCUACUGUGUUUGAAGCGUAUGCGAAGGCGCAAAAGGUCGACGAGGCUAAACUUCUGUUGCAACAGAUGAAGGGAAAAGGAUUUGUGCCUGAAGAGAAGGCUGUUCGUGAGGUUUUGAAUAACAAGCGAGGCCAGGUAUUCAGAACUGUCAUCAACAUUUUAUUUGACAAGUAGUUUGUAACUAGAAUUCUUCUUGGUUUUAGGCAUCAGAGCUUAUGAAUUUUAGUUUUGAUCUUUGUAGUCAUGGAACUGUGUAAAAUGAUUAUCCUUUCUCUUUUGGGUGUUUGAUAUAUGUUAACCUUGUCAUGGUCUUGCGCAAGUGCAACUUCCAAGCUUUUUCAAUGGCUACAAUGUUAUUUGGUCUCUUGCAUA